AUGGCUAAGCAUUGGACCUUGGGUCCUUUGGACGACAUCAUGCCUGAUAUCGAUAACUGUAUUCUUCUUUGUUUUUCAGUUCCAGGCUCUUUGCACAGUCGUGCAGCCCAAAUCCUCACUCAGGCGUACGUUAGGCUACUUUCCGAAAACCCAAUGUUGGGUGGUCGCGUCAUAACAUCAGAUAGCCCAGAUCUUCGGCCUGGCAAGAAAAUUCUCCGUGCAUCUGAUACUAGACCACACCUGGACAUUGUUGAUGGAUAUUCCACCAUCGGUAUGUCGUACCAAGAGCUGAAGAGGAUGGGCAUGCCCCGCAAGUUUCUCCCAGCAUCUCUUAUAGUCCCCUCGCGGGACACGGAGGACCCAGCUGCUCGAUGGUCUACCUCUAUGCGAGCAACGUUCGUCCCAGGUGGUUGCUUUCUAGCAUUCAAUACCUCUCAUGUAUUGAUGGAUGGUACCAGCAUCUUACACUUUGUUCGGGUUAUGGCUGCCCACGCAACCGCAAUUUCGCAAAACUCGCCCGCUCAAGCCAGCUGUCGCUUUUCGACUACUGCUGCAGACAUUGCGUCCAUAAAUCCGCCUGUGGUACCUGGGCAGUAUGGGUCUCUGAAAGGAAACGCUUCGUCUUGGCAUAUGCUCGGACUUGAUUAUAGACCGAAGGAGGUGUCGAGUGCGGUGCUGGCCGCAAAGUUGGCACCAGUUACUCCAGUGACACGGCUUUACCUCUUUGACCGUACAAGCCUUUCGAAGUUGAAGGACCACUGUCUGCACAACGGUUAUGAGCACGAGAGAAUAUCAACGGUGGAUGCACUCACUGCGUUGCUCUGGCGAUGUGUGAUGCGAGCACGUGCUGGCUCGGACCGGGACGCAUCCAGCCUCAUGAUGCCCAUGGAUAUCCGCAAGUUGCUGACGCCCGCUGUCAGUGACGAGUACUUGGGCAACUCUGUGAUUUACAGCAUUACAAAUUCUACGGUUGGAUAUAUUUCGGACGGAAGCAAUCUACCGUUAGGUGUUGUUGCCCAGUUGAUUAGCGCCAGCCGUCAGAGCUCCCAGCGUCGGGAAGUAUUGUCUGAAACGCUACAACUGGCAGCUUCCAUGCCGGAUGUCAGCAACCUGGGACUCGUAUAUCCCACUUGGCUUGGCAACGAUCUCGUGGUCAGCUCACUUUAUUCACAUCCAUUUUGUGAGAUUACAUGGGGAAGUACAUUUGGCGAGCAUAACACACCGGAUUUCUUCCGCUUUCCGGACGGCAUCUUUGACGGUCUCUGUUUCAUCUUACCACGCGGAAAAGAUGGGUCUGUCGAAGUCCAGCUCACCAUGGAUGAAAAGCAUAUAGAUGCGUUCGAAAGUGAUCAUGAGUUUGCUUCAUAUAGGGCUGGUGACAAAAUGAGGCAUCUUAAAGCUAAGCUGUAA